ACCCACACCACCACGAUCAUCAUCACUGGCAGUAAAAAUGGAACCAAAACAACAACAACAACCACCAUCGAUAGUUCCAAAAACACCACCACCACCACCAGUAAAACAAACUUCAUUUCAAACAGCUAUAACAGGAUUAAAAUCACCAAUAAAAUUAACACCAUUAUCAUUUGGUGAUAUUGUUGGCGGAAUUGGUAGUCGAACAUCAUCAUCAUCAUCAUUACCAAGCAAAACUAAAUCACAAAAAAGUGAUAAAGUAUCUAUAACACGUGAAACAUCUAAAAGUGAUUCCAGUGGUGGAAAAGUUGAACGUAUACAUGCCAAAGUAACGCAAACAAUUACACAAAAAUCCCGUUCACAAAAAAUUCGUGAAGAACGUUUAGAUUUAUUAUAUAGUUGUUCAUUACAUUUUCUUGCACAAAUUAUUGGUUGUUCAAUGUUAAUUUUAUUGGCCAUUUUAUGUAUUCAAUUUUAUGGUGGAUUUGGCCUUGGAAAUGUUCAAUCAAUAUUUAAUUAUCAUCCAUUAAUGAUGGUAUUUGGUUUAGUUUAUCUUGGUGGUAAUUCAUUAUUAUUUUUAAUACCAAAAAGUAAAUCCUAUGGUCUAAUUCGUUCAAUAUUAUUAUUAUUAAUGUGUAUUGUAACAAUAAUUGGUGCAAUUGCUACUGUUUAUUGGCAUUUUAAUCGUGAUGUACCGAAUUUUUUUACAUUACAUUCAUGGUUCGGUAUGAUGACAUUAACAUUAAUGAUUAUUUAUUCAUGUGCAAAUUGUUAUCUAUUUGGUUCGGGUGGUGGUAAACGUGUAUUACAAUUAGAAAAUAAUGAAUCAAUUGAAUCAAUAACAAAUAUCCGUUUGAUUGGUAUAUCAACAUUAUUGAUGGGUGUUUUAACCGGCCUAUUAGGCUUGAAUCAAUUAUCAAGUUUUAUACAGGCGGAUAAAGAUUCAGAAGAAAAUUCAUUUCAAUUAAUUAUAAAUAUUAUUGGUACAUUUAUGAUAUUAUUUUCAAUAUUUAUAUUAUUUUUAUUAUCACGUUUACGUACACGUAGUAAAGCACAACAAGAAUGGGAAGAACGUGUACAAAUGGCAGUGGAUAGAGCAAUGGCUAAUAUGGAAGCAUCUGGUGUAUUUGAUUCACCUAAAUCACCUGCUGCAAAAAAAAUGCCAAAAUCUAUUACAACAUUAACAACAACAAAAACAUCACAACAAUCUAAACAACAAAAAUCUGAUAGUAAAAUUGGUGCUGGUGGUGGCAGUAGUCAAAAAUCAUCAUCAUCUAAAAGUGGUAUAAAAAGAUCAUCAUCAAAAUCUUCAUCAUCAUCAAUAACUAAACAAAAAUCCAAAUCAAAAAGUCAAAAAUCAUUUAAAUUACGUGAAAGUAGUACAAGUUUAGGUGGUAUAAGUAUUGGUAGUAAAAGUAAUGCUAGUACAAAAAGUGAAACAACAUUAGGAUCGACAAUACCAAGACGAAGACGUAGUAAAAGUAAAACAACAGGUAGUAAUAGUACUACAGAUAUUUUAGAAAAAAGUACAAAAAGUUUAGGUAAAAGUAAUAUUGCUAAAACCGGUAGUGUUUUAAAAACAACAACAGUCAAAUGAGAAACAUUUUUUACACACACACACCACACACACCAUUCUUAUUUAUUUUUUUCUUAAA